GUAACCCUGACAUGCCCCCCAGCCCAGCCCUGAUGCCAGGGCCCUCGGCUCUGUGCUGGGUCCCCCUCCCUCUGGCCCAGGCCCCCGGGGUACAGAAGCUAUAGCAGGUGCUGGGUGGGGACCUGUGCCCAGCUGGCCUGCUUAGGGCAGUAGCAUGGCACAGAGCCGGGGUCCAGCCCCCGGCCCUCGAGGACACUCAGCUAAGAGGCGUCCCCACUGUGGGGUGCGGAGGACCCGGGAUGUUGACCUGCGAGCACACGCACCUGCCUCCACACCUGCCUUCUCCCUCCCUUCCCUGGGUGGGAUUUUGGAAGAGAGAAACCCUCCCUUGCGGCCACUUUCCUAAAGGGCCUGGGAGCUGCAGGGUGAAGGCCUGAGACCCGGCCAGGGGAGCAGGGCUGGUCCCCAAGUCCAUCAUUCCUGGACCGAGCACACCCACUUGAGGGCUCAGCCACACUGGUGGGGAGACCCCAGGCACGGGCCACGGGGGAGGGUGUGCCCCAGCCGCCUGGCCGCGCUCAGGCCUGUGCCCAGCACCGGAGCUGCCCUCGGCACUAGGCCUUGGCCCAGCUGCUCGCUGCCCUUGACUGGCUGGGCCAGGAGCCGGGACUUGGCUGCGGUCCUGGGCACCGGGGUGGCCACGUGAGGGCUGUUUACGGAGAGGGAAGCGGCUCUGGUGCCUCUGAAAGCCAUGGAGCAGGAGGAAGACGCCGGCCCCGAGGCCGGCGUCUGUCUGAGUAUCGCCCUGCACUCCUGGUGGCUGCAGGUGAUGGAGCAGCAUUCACAGUCCACCAUGCUGACGGGGAUGGCAAUUGGAGCCCUCCUGGCCCUGGCCCUCGUUGGUAUCACCGUCUUUUUCGUGUACAGGAGGAUUAACCGACUCCGACAGGUGCCGCCCACCCCUCAGUACAGGUUCCGGAAGAGAGACAAGGUGAUGUUCUACGGCCGGAAGAUCAUGAGGAAGGUGACCGCGCUCCCCCAUACACUCGUGGGGAGCACAGCCGCCCCCCGGCAGCGAGUGAGGAAGAGAGCCAAGGUGCUGUCUCUGGCUAAGAGGAUCCUGCGUUUCAAGAAGGAAUACCCUACCCUGCAGCCGAAGGAACCCCCGCCCUCCCUGCUGGAGGCCGACCUCACGGAGUUCGACGUGAAGAACUCUCAGCUGCCGUUGGAGGUUCUGUACAUGCUGAAAAACGUUCGGGUCCUGGGCCACUUUGAGAAGCCAUUGUUCCUGGAACUCUGCAAACACAUGGUCUUCAUGCAGUUGCUCGAAGGGGAGCAUGUCUUCCGCCCGGGGGAGCCGGACACCAGCAUCUAUGUGGUACAGGAUGGGCGGCUGGAGGUCUGCAUCCAAGACGGGGACGGCACUGAGGUGACAGUCAAAGAGGUUCUGGCCGGGGACAGCGUGCACAGUCUGCUCAGCAUCCUGGACGUCAUCACUGGCCACACCGCACCCUACAAGACCGUGUCUGCCCGUGCCGCCUCCCCGUCCACCGUCCUCAGGCUUCCAGCUGUGGCCUUCCAAGGAGUGUUUGAGAAGUAUCCCGAGACCCUAGUCAGGGUGGUGCAGAUCAUCAUGGUGCGGCUGCAGAGGGUCACCUUCCUGGCUCUGCACAACUACCUGGGCCUGACCACCGAGCUCUUCAAUCCCGAGAGCCAGGCCAUCCCCCUUGUGUCUGUAGCCAGCGUGGCCGCUGCAAAGGUUAAGAGGCAGAUGUCCAGUGGCCCCGAGGAGCGGCUGGAGCGGUCCCUGCGGCCCCAGGAGUCCUGCGACCCAGACCAUGGGGGCAGCCGGGUAGCCCCCUCUGGGCCUCUACUGAAGAGGAGUCACUCUGUCCCACUGCCUUCUGUCCACGAGGAGAUCUCGGAUGAGCUCAGCCAGGCCCAGGCUGGCGACCAGGGUGCUCCGGCUCCACCAGGUGCCACCUCUGAUCUGCGGAUGGCCUGUGACCGUGCCAGGGUCCCCCUGCAUGCAGAGGAGUGCCCCAAGGGCACCGGGGCCAGCAAGUCCAAGAAGAGCGUGAUUGUCGCCGAGACCCCCUCCGCUGUCUUCCACUACGCCGACUGCAAGUCAGAGGAGACCGUCACCAGCACGAAGACAGACGCCAUCUUCAGAGCUGCCAAGAAGGACCUGCUGACCCUGAUGAAGCUGGACGACCCUUCGCUGCUAGACGGCCGGGUGACAUUUCUUCACGUCCCAGGGGGCACAGUGGUAUCCAGGCAGGGAGACCAGGACGUGAACGUCAUCUUCGUGGUCUCGGGGCUGCUGCAUGUGUACCAGCGGAAGAUCGACAGCGAGGAGGACAGCUGCCUGUUCGUCACGCGCCCCGGGGAGAUGGUGGGCCAGCUGGCCGUGCUCACCGGCGAGCCCCUCAUCUUCACCAUCAGGGCCAACAGGGACUGCAGCUUCCUGUCCAUCUCCAAGGCGCACUUCUACGAAAUCAUGCGGAAGCAGCCGACCGUGGUCCUGGGCGUGGCGCACACGGUGGUGAAGCGCAUGUCGUCCUUCGUGCGGCAGAUCGACUUCGCCCUGGACUGGAUGGAGGUGGAGGCCGGGCGCGCCGUGUACAGGCAGGGGGACAAGUCGGACUGCACCUACAUUGUCCUCAGUGGCCGUCUGCGCUCAGUGAUCCGCAAGGACGACCUCAAAAAGCGCCUGGCCGGGGAGUACGGCCGCGGAGACCUCAUCGGAGUGGUGGAGACGCUCACCCACCAGCCCAGAGCGACCACGGUGCACGCAGUCCGGGACUCGGAGCUGGCCAAGCUUCCGGCAGGAGCCCUGACGUCCAUCAAGCGCAGGUACCCUCAGGUUGUGACUCGGCUGAUUCACCUCUUGGGAGAGAAGAUCCUGGGCAGCCUCCAGCAGGGAGCAGCGGCUGGUCACCAGUUUGGGCUCCACUCUACCGGCAGCAAGUGGGACUCGGGGAAUCCUGCCAGCAACCUGUCCACGGUGGCCAUCAUGCCCGUGUCGGAAGACGUGCCCCUCACCGCCUUUGCCCUGGAGCUCCGGCAUGCCCUCAGCGCCAUCGGCCCUGUCCUGCUGCUGACCAGCGACAAUAUAAAACAGCGCCUCGGCUCUGCCGCCCUGGAUAGUAUCCACGAGUACCGGCUGUCCAGCUGGUUGGGGCAGCAGGAGGACAUACACCGGAUCGUGCUCUACCAGGCAGACAGCACGCUCACGCCCUGGACCCAGCGCUGCAUCCGGCAGGCCGACUGCAUCCUCAUUGUGGGCCUGGGCGAGCAGGAGCCCACCGUGGGCGAGGUGCGCUGCCCUGGGGUUUCGGGGUUUUGUGGGGAAGUGGGCAGGGCUGGGCUGAGGAUGAGGCUAUGGGUCCCGGUGGAGGCACUGACUGCUGCUUCUGCUCCUGGUUGGCACAGAGGCUGCGCCCAGGUCGGCAUCAUCCGAGCCCUGACAGAGUGCGGCAUCCCCGUGGACAUGGUAGGGGGGACGUCCAUCGGGGCCUUCAUGGGUGCCCUGUACGCUGAGGAGAGGAGCUACAGCCAGAUUCGGAUCCGGGCCAAGCAGUGGGCUGAGGACAUGACGUCGAUGAUGAAGACCAUGCUGGACCUGACCUAUCCCAUCACCUCCAUGUUCUCGGGGGCCGGAUUCAACAGCAGCGUCUGCAGCGUCUUCAAGGACCGGCAGAUCGAGGACCUAUGGAUCCCCUACUUCACCAUCACCACGGACAUCUCUGCCUCCGCCAUGCGGGUCCACACCGACGGCUCCCUGUGGAGGUACGUGCGUGCCAGCAUGUCCCUGUCGGGCUACAUGCCCCCCCUCUGCGACCCCAAGGACGGACACCUGCUGAUGGAUGGGGGCUACAUCAACAACCUCCCAGCGGAUGUGGCCAGAUCGAUGGGGGCAAAGGUGGUGAUCGCCAUUGACGUGGGCAGCCAGGACGAGACGGACCUCACCAACUAUGGCGACUCUCUGUCUGGGUGGUGGCUGCUGUGGAAGCGCUGGAACCCCUUGGCCACGAAAGUCAAGGUGCUGAACAUGGCGGAGAUCCAGACACGCCUGGCCUAUGUGUGCUGCGUGCGCCAGCUGGAGGAGGUUAGGAACAGCGACUACUGCGAGUACCUGCGCCCGCCCAUCGACAGCUAUGGCACCCUGGACUUCGGCAAGUUCACAGAGAUCUGUGAGGUGGGCUACCAGCACGGGCGGACGGUGUUUGGCAUCUGGAGUCGCAGUGGUGUGCUGGAGAAGAUGCUGCAGGACCGGCAGGGCACGAGCAAGAUGAAGGCCUUCGAUGUCCUCACCUGCCCCAACGCCUCCUUCACCGACCUCGCGGAGAUUGUGUCGCGCAUUGAGCCCGCCAAGGCGGCCGUGGUGGAUGACGAGUCUGACUACCUGACCGAGUGCGAGGAGGGGCUGCCCGACGGCCCCCAAGAUACCUACGCGGACUUCCAGAGCUCCCCGGCGGAAGGGGGCUCCGACUCGGAGGAUGAGCCCUCGCUUCCUCAGCUCCCCGGUCUGGCCUCCCCCAAACCGCCCCAGGACGCCGCGCCCCUGGCUCCCUGACCCAGACGGCAGCGGUCUCAGCUCCGACGACGCCUGAGGCCGCA